AUGUCGACCAUCGUACGCGCCACGGCCCUUCGCGCCGGCGGCGCCUGUGUCCGCUGCCGCAAGGGAAAGACAAAGUGCGUCUACGAAAACGGCCGAGCACCGUGUCGAAACUGCGCCAAGGGCAUGCACGAAUGCUAUUUGCCCUCGGAGUCCAUGAGCCAUGGUGGUCAUGGCGUCUCUCCAGCUCGGAUCCCCCAGCGCAGCCGCGAGUCCCUUUCGGGUGACAGCCGGGCUACUGGCGGUGUUGGUGCCGACCGUCCAGCUCCUAACCUGUCGGCCGCAUCGAGGCAUCCUGCCAUCGGCAUUGAAAAACUCACUCCCGAGCUUAUGGCCGAAUGCGAACGAGUCAUCUCCAAGACUCUCCCAGCAUGUGUGGCCUUUCAUAAGCCGUCUUUCCUGCAACAACUCAAAAGCGCUACUCUCGACCCAUCUAUGGUCCACGCUUUACUUACCAUUGCUUCUCGGUAUUCACCAAAUUUGACCCGCCGGUAUGGAGGUCACGGUGGCGGGACUGCUGCGGCCGAGCACUUUGCUCAGAAGACGAUCAAUCUGAUCAUGCAGUCCCUCGACCACCCCACCCUCGGUGACAUACAGGCUCUUUGCCUUCUGGUGAUCCAUGAGUGGGGUUGUCGCAAUGCCGUUCGUGCUUACAUCUACCUCGGCCAAGCCGCGCGCAUGGCCCAGAUGUAUCGCAUCGUCCAGACGCACCAAACGACCGAUGCGGACAACUUUCUCAAGGAAGAGGCUUUCCGCCGUACGCUGUGGUUGAUCUACGUCCUCGACUGCUUCUUGACCAGCAGCCCUGGCCGCCAUCCCGCCUUGUCCUCGCUCGACAUUGCAGACGUCGCUCUGCCUUGUCAGGAUAUGAACUUUAAUUUCGGCAGCCCGGUCUUUGUCCGUACUCUUACCGGUGCUGCACCUGGCGUGGCUCCUGAUCCGGAUGCUCCACUCGCCGACGUUGGCGAGUUCGCCUACAUUGUCCUCGCGACGAAGAUCUGGCGCAGUGUUGUCGAGAUGAUGACGACAACAACGAUCGACAACUUCUCCAACUCUCGAUGUGUCGAUCUGGAUGCUGAGAUCGACGCCAUCCGCCAAGGCCUUCCAGUGCACUUCGCCGACAAGGCAGGCCAGAUCAAUCUCCACAUCACCAUGGGCAGUGGCUUCACAUAUGCCAUGAUCCAUUGUCUGCUUCAGUGCGCCACGAUAUUCGUGAACCGGCGACAGAUUCUCCAGUUUGUCACCACGGACAACUUCAAUGCCGACGAUUGGCAUGCUAGUGGCACAGACAGCCAUUUGAUUGAUAACGUCUUUGCGGCAUCACACAGCAUUAUCUCCAUGCUUGUUGCCCUCGAAACCGGCGCGGACAAGGAUUCAAUUCUGUGCUUCCCCAUUGUGAUGUUGUUCUCGGCCUUCACGGCAGGCUCGACUAUCGCCUACUUGUACCUCAAGGGCCUUGCACCGCCCAGCGUCCGGGAAACAGCGUCGUACAUUGUGCGCGACAGCCUGCGCCUGAUGAACGACGGUGCCGAGUCAUGGCCACUGGUGAUGCCCUGGAACCGCCAUUUAACAGUCAUGGCCAAGGUCAUGCGCGAUGUCAACGCCCGUGAUGAGCAUCCCGACUCGCCUGACGGAUUGAAGCCGGUUCACGACUCGCCGUACAUGAAGGACGACGCCUCGUCGCAACCCGACACGAACCCAGAUGCCAUGGAGUAUGAGCAGCAGAACGCAGCUUCGUCUCAGGAAGCCGCCAACUUGACGGAACGAAACAGUGAGCCACCACCGCCGAGACGCACUGGCAUUGCCACUAUUAAUGGCGGAUCAGCUGGCGCGACCACACCGGCCACAGCCAGCCCCCCUGCGCAUCCGGUGGGGAAGCUGGAGUCUCCCGAGCCGCGAAACUUGUCGCCAAACCCGCCGGGUCCCAGUGUGGACAUCAAUGCCAAGGAGCUGUGCAGUGCCUUUGAAAGACAGCUGCUGGAGCUGGACGACCUUGCAGCGUUCAUGGGCGGUGGAGUAUGA